GCGGAGCGGAAGCAGGCUACGACCCACUCGCUUCUCUUUGCUCCGUGGCAUUUUGUAACAGAAGCUGCUGCUGUCGCUGGUUUUACACCAAAACCAAGAGCUAGAAACACAGGCAGGCAUGGACAAACACGUGAUUAGAUGAUCAGUGCAUGGAUUUGCACCGGACCAAUGUAUAAAGACACCGAUGCAUUGGAGCCAAGAAACAAGACCUUCAUGCUAAAAUGACCCAAACAUCCUUCCAGAUCCCUAAGAUGAUGUGCACAAACAUGCUGUUAGUAAUGUGAGCAGAGGGGGAAGGGAAUGCAGACUUGCCAGCUAUAGCUUUUAUGAGAGCGUGAUGCCCAGGCGGGGGUUGCCACUCCAGGGUCGGGUCCGCUGGCUCUUCCUGGGCCUCUUCCUCCUGCUGGUGUUGCUACUGUUUGCCUACCUGCUGGAGUGCACUCCGCCAGCAGACGUCAGCCUGGUCCUGCCCGGCAUCGCAGGAGAGAACUACGGGAAGGAAUACUACCAGGCCCUGCUGCAGGAACAAGAGGAGCGCCACCUGAACCGUGCUGCCAGUCUCAAGCGUCAGAUUGCCCAGCUCAAGCAGGAGCUUCAGGAAAUGAGCGACAAGCUGAAGCUCCUGCAAGACAAGAAGGAGCCUCCAGGAGUGCAGGGUUUGGCUGAGAACAAAGACCAAGAGCCGGGAGAUUUGCUGGAGUACCUGCAUUCUCAGAUCGACAAGGCAGAGGUGAACACAGGAGCGCGUCUGCCAAGCGAGUACGCUCUGGUGCCUUUUGAGAGUUUCACCUCUUCUAAGGUGUACCAGCUGGAGAUGGGGCUGACGCGGCACCCAGAAGAGAAACCUGUCAGGAAGGACCGCAGGGACGAGCUGGUGGAGGUCAUUGAGGCAGCGCUGGAUAUCAUCAACAACCCUGAUGAGGAGGACGGAGUGGAGGAUGACAUGCCGAUGCAGCGGCAAACCUACACAGAGGGUCACUUUACGGAAGGACUGUACAGGACGGAGCGAGACAAAGGGACGCUUUAUGAGCUCUUCUUUGAAAAAGAGGAUUCAAGCAGCUUCCGCCACGUCACACUCUUCAGGCCUUUUGGUCCGUUGAUGAAAGUCAGGAGCACAUCUGUAGAAACAUCUGGAAUGAUUAUUAACAUCAUAGUGCCACUGGCGGGCAGAGUAGAAACUUUCUCACAGUUCUUACAAAACUUCAGGGAGGUGUGCAUACAGCAGGACAGACGAGUAUAUCUCACAGUCGUUUAUUUUGGCCAGGAAGGCCUGCAGGAAGUGAAGUCUUCUUUGGAAAAAAUGUCUAGGGAGGAAACAUUCUCCAAUUACACUCUGAUCCCAGUGGACGAGGAGUUUUCUCGGGGUCGAGGUUUGGACAUUGGAGCCCACGCAUGGAAGAAAGGAGACGUCCUAAUGUUUUUCUGCGACGUUGACAUCCAUUUUACACUGGAGUUCCUUAACACUUGUCGUCUCCAUGCCGCUCCGAACAAGAAAGUCUUCUAUCCAGUGGUGUUCAGUCUCUACAAUCCUGCCAUAGUCUAUGGAAAUUUGGAGCUGGCUCCACCCAUUGAACUCCAGCUGAUUCACAAAAAGGAUGCUGGAUUCUGGAGAGAUUUUGGAUUUGGAAUGACGUGUCAGUAUCGCUCAGAUUUUCUAAAUAUUGGUGGUUUCGAUCUUGAAGUCAAAGGCUGGGGUGUGGAAGACGUCCACUUGUACAGGAAGUAUCUUCGGAGCGACACGAUAGUGAUCCGGACACCAGUGUCGAGUCUGUUCCACAUGUGGCACGAGAAGCAGUGUGCAGACGAGCUGACGCCAGAGCAGUACCGCAUGUGCAUCCAAUCCAAAGCCAUGAACGAGGCCUCCCACUCCCACCUGGGCAUGCUGGUUUUCCGCGAGGAGAUCGAGGCUCACCUACGCAAACAGGCGUUCAAGACUCAGAGCAAAACAGGGGACUGAGCAAGUCUGUGUGCCCAAAAUCAUUCCUACAUAAUGACUGUGAGGUACUGAUAUUAUUAACGCACUACAGCAAAGACCAGUUUACACGGAUCCUUCUGCGUUUUACCGCACAGCUGUAGACAAAUGAAUGUACAAAAUGAGCAUUGAUCAAUGUGAAACGCAACAUGGUACACAUCUUUCUGAGAGCUACAGCCGUAAAUGAUCAAAUUAGUAAUAUUUAACUUACUGAAGGAAACACACAUGUACAAAACAGUUAUAUAUCUCUUGGAUUUACUUUGACAUUAUAUUUUACAUUCUGAAGUCAAUUCAAGAAGUAUGCGGUUAUAAUUUAGGAAACAAGCCUUUCAUGAAGCCAUCCUACCUGCUUUAAAAACAUCAACAUUUUUUUCCCACUGCUCAGUGUGACUUCAGCCAGAAGAUUUCAGAUGUUUCAGAUGAUUUCUGCAUUCCAAAAAGGGAUCAAACAUUGUUAAAGACAACACGCUGUUAGUGUUUUAACUGGAGUAUUUUUAAAUGAAACAAAAGACAGUUACAAAAAGAGAACGUCUUAUAAUUUAUUGACAAUAUGAACAUUAAGAAGUUGCACUUUCUCAUUAUGGAAGUUAAAAAUGUAAUUUCACUACACAAGAACCCAAAAGUAUCUACUGAUUCUCAACUUUGUUUUUAAAUCAAUUUACAAUCUUUCACUCAUUACAGUAUAUUGGCAGUUGUACAUGUAUGGAGCCAUAAUGUUUUGUUCGUAGUGUAUUUAUAGGUUCUUCCAGACUGGCAGUUUCUUUUAAAAAGGGACCUUUUUUGGCGUGUUUUAUGUGACAAUCAGUCACUGCCUUUGUUGAUGACCGCUUCCCAGUAAACUGUUUACCAGAGAAGCAUGUUGAUAAAAUAGUUGAAGAAGCAGAAGCAAAGAUCUGCUUAUAGCAUGCAGCGCUACGAUAUCAGGUCUACAUGGACCAGUAUUAUUAUCUAAAUAAUAAAUCUGUCAUCUAAGCCCAGAGAGAAUCACUCAGCACUACGAUUCCUGAUACUGGACUGAGAUUGAAUGUUACAGUCUCUUGUAAAUACUUUUCUAAUAUUCCUUUGUUUCAUACACGUGAUUUGAAUAUUUUUGUGCCUACAUGCUUAAAGUAAUAUGAGAUGUUGACAAGAUUGUUUUGAAAAUGUUUGAAGCUGCGUCCACGGCUUAGUUAAGUUUAUUCCAUCUCAUAAUGAGAGAGGAUGUUAGGUGUUACGUUAACGAGUACAGCCGUCAAAAGCUGACAUAGAGCCUACAAGAAGUGCUUUAUUUCUCUCACGAUGAAAGCAGGUUGUUCUUGCAUCUCAUCCUGUACUGUAAUUAUUUUUAACCAGUGUUUUUACAGCAUAUUUACGCUUUUUGUAGUCUUAAAGUCUCCUUACCCUGCAGGAGAAAUGUUAAAUCUCUUCCUUUCAGCAUUACACAACAAUUCAAACAGAAAAAACAUGUACAAGGUAAUGAUUUAUUUUAAAUUUUUGGCCAUGAAAUAAAACUUACAGAUGGUUGCAUUAA